GAAUGUUUGUCCGUUGAUUGGAUGAGAAGCGGACCGAACAAAUCCUCCUAAACCCCGAUUUUCAUUAUCGUUUAUAGAACCCUAGGCUUCUGUUUCUCUCUCUCUCUCUUUUCCAACUGAACCUCAGAACCGUGACGCCAUGCCGCAAGGAGAUUACAUAGAGCUGCACAGGAAGAGGCAUGGCUAUCGCCAUGACUACUUCGAGCGCAAGCGCAAGAAGGAGGCUCGUGAAGUUCACAAGCGCUCCGCCAUGGCGCAGAAGGCUCUAGGUAUCAAGGGUAAGAUGCUUGCUAAGAAGAAUUAUGCCGAGAAGGUUCUCAUGAAAAAGACGUUGGCCAUGCACGAGGAGUCAUCAACAAGGCGCAAGGUAGAUGAUCAAGUUCAUGAGGGAGCUGUUCCAGCCUACCUUCUGGAUCGUGAAAGUACGACACGUGCAAAGGUUCUCAGCAACACUGUAAAGCAAAAGAGGAAAGAGAAAGCUGGGAAGUGGGAGGUCCCUCUGCCAAAGGUCAGGCCUGUUGCAGAAGAUGAAAUGUUUAAAGUUAUCAGGACCGGGAAACGAAGAACCAAGCAGUGGAAGAGAAUGGUCACUAAUGCUACAUUUGUACGACCUGGUUUUACUAAGAAGCCUCCAAAAUAUGAGCGUUUCAUCCAUCCUUCUGGUUUGCGUUUUACCAAGGCUCAUGUUACACACCCUGAACUUAAAUGCACGUUCAAUCUUGAAAUCAUUGGAGUCAAGAAAAAUCCUAAUGGUCCAAUGUAUACUUCUCUUGGUGUUAUGACUAAAGGAACGAUCAUUGAGGUUAAUGUCAGUGAGCUGGGUUUGGUCACACCGGCUGGGAAAGUUGUGUGGGGAAAAUACGCUCAGGUGACAAACAACCCAGAGAAUGAUGGUUGUAUAAAUGCAGUUUUGCUGGUGUAGGAGAUCUCUAAACAACUAAACAUGCCGGUUUUUACACAAUGUAGGAGUUUUGGCACGCUUUUUAUCCAAGUUGUGAGAAAAUGGCCGAAAGUAGUCUCAUUAUUUCACAAUUUUCCAGGGCUUUUUGUAUUUAAACUUCUUUCAUGUGGAUACUUGCACUGAAAACAAAUAUUUCAGUUUUGUCUUUUGUUAGCAGAGGCCAAACAAGAGGGAUAUAAAUUAAAGAACAGAUAUUUGAAUUGAGUAAUGGAGUUAUAAAAGGAACUUGUACCCUUCA